UUCACUCCACGUAACCACCUCCUCCCUCUUCCUUAAAUACCCUUCUCAUUUUCUUCUCUUUCUCUUCUCUUUCCGACGAACGUAUCCCGCUGCUGCUCCUGCAUUUGUUUUCAUUGUCUCAUUCUGUUUUGCAUUCUUCACCGGCGAACGUUAGUAACCGGAAGCAACAGUGGGAGAUCUGAGAAUGGCUUCACCGGCGAGAGUGGAUCUUGACGGGAACCCCAUCAAGCCGAUUACAAUCUGCAUGAUCGGUGCCGGAGGGUUCAUCGGCUCGCACCUAUGCGAGAAGUUGAUGGCUGAGACUCCCCACAAGGUCUUGGCGGUUGAUGUGUACAAUGACAAGAUCAAGCAUCUUCUGGAGCCCGCUUCCCAACCCUGGGCCGAUCGGAUCCAGUUUCAUCGCAUCAACAUCAAGCAUGAUUCCAGGCUCGAGGGGCUCAUCAAAAUGGCAGAUCUGACUAUCAAUCUUGCGGCGAUCUGUACUCCAGCGGAUUACAAUACCCGUCCUCUUGACACAAUUUACAGCAAUUUUAUCGAUGCACUCCCGGUGGUGAAGUAUUGCUCAGAAAACAACAAACGUCUCAUUCACUUCUCUACUUGUGAAGUUUACGGGAAAACGAUUGGAAGCUUUCUUCCUAAGGAUCAUCCUCUACGGCAGGAUCCUGAUUUCUAUGUCCUCAAAGAAGAUUUCUCUCCCUGCAUUUUUGGUCCUAUUGAAAAGCAGAGGUGGUCCUAUGCAUGUGCAAAACAACUGAUUGAGCGGCUCAUUUAUGCUGAGGGUGCGGAAAAUGGCCUCCAGUUCACCAUUGUAAGACCUUUCAACUGGAUUGGUCCAAGGAUGGAUUUCAUUCCUGGGGUUGAUGGUCCAAGUGAAGGUGUUCCUAGGGUUCUAGCAUGCUUCAGUAAUAAUCUCCUUCGUGGUGAGCCACUCAAGCUUGUAGAUGGUGGCCAGUCCCAGAGAACAUUUGUGUAUAUCAAAGAUGCCAUUGAAGCUGUUUUUUUGAUGAUUGAAAAUCCUGCGAGGGCUAAUGGUCAAAUUUUCAAUGUGGGUAACCCUAACAAUGAAGUUACGGUGAGGCAACUUGCAGAGUUGAUGACAGAGGUGUACUCUAAAGUAAGUGGACAGCCUCCUUUGGAGGUACCUACCAUUGAUGUAAGCUCUAAAGAGUUCUAUGGUGAAGGAUAUGAUGACAGUGACAAGCGAAUUCCAGACAUGACAAUAAUCAAUAAACAGCUAGGUUGGAACCCCAAGACAUCUCUAUUUGAUUUGCUGGAAUCAACCCUCACCUAUCAGCACAGGACAUACGCCGAGGCUAUCAAGCAAGCCAUCGCAAAGCCAGUUGCAUCCAGCUAAAGGCACACCGUGCAUGGUGUGGUUGGUUUUGGGAAAGCUGGUUCUCUCGUUCAGGGUUGUUUUUCGGGAGGUCAAUUCUUUUGAAGGAAGCAUACACAUAUUGAAGUGGUUCAUAUAUAAUAUAAUUUUUUUUUUCCAGCGUAGUAGUAAGUCUGUAUCUCCGCAAUGAGUCUGUAAUUCUCUCUCUAUAUAUAUAUCACAAAAGAUGACAGGUGACUUUGGUAGGGGGAUAAAUCUCAUGUUUACUGUAUUGUUGCUUAGAGCAUCGUUGCUGGCUACUACGUUGGGGGGUUAGGAAGCCUCUUCUCUGUUUCCUAAGGGGUGUGCUUUAUCUUUCUCUUUUUCUGUUCGUUUCUCCUCCAUGGCGCUGUAUUUUCUUUUUUUUUUUAACCUUUACCCAUGCCAUGCUCAUGCUAUUAUUUAUUAUUUAUUUUGAAUUGUCUAUUGCAUGUAACACUUUGGCCCUUUCCACUCCAGAGAAGACUGAACGAUUACUUGUAUGGAAGAAUAAUUCUCAAGGUUUCAAAAUGAGGAAUAAAUAUAAACAUGAAGUUUACUUCAA